AUGGAGAAUGUGCAGUAUGCCGAAGAACUCGUGAGGGAGUUUCUUGUGUUCAGGGGUUUCACGAACACGCUGCAAGCUUACGAGGCAGAACUGUCCACCGAGAUCGGCAGGAACUUUGAAGUAGACAAGAUCCUAGAUCUAGUGUUCUCAGUGUACAUACCAAAAUACCAACUGGAUAGACUGCUAAGCAUCUUCAGCUUUUUAAAACAGUGUUUCACUUCACCUGCGGACACGGUACUCUACACGGCGCUUCUUAAACUGGAGCAGUCAGUAUUACGUUAUUAUGUUGUCAAUGCCUUGAAAUCUGGAAGGCAAGAAAAAGUUAUUGAAUUCUUUAGCGUAGGCGGCAGUCAUCUGAUGCAAAAGCGUGAAGAUUGGAUAGCAUGGUUUGCUAUACCAUAUAUUAAGAACCCAAGCUUGGAUCCACAGUUCCGUAUGUAUUUUUCCAAAGAAUGGUCAGAUACUUUGGUUCUUUCAUUUCGGAACUUCUUAAGUGGGAUAUUCAAUGGUACUCGAAUCCCAGCUCUUAUGAAGAUUAGCACUGAAAAGAAUAUGAUCAAGUGCCUCAAGAGUGACAUAAAGCAACUGAAUAACAAAUUGUCAGAGCUGCAAGCAUUGUUAGAGGUCAAGGAAGUUGAACUAUCCCUGCUGAGAAGGAAUGAUCAUAGUAUUAAUUCCGGACACAAGAAUUUACUCAAGAUUACUACAGCUGGUUCCUCCGUUGGGGGACAAGCUUUCUCAGGAGUCUAUGAAGAAUCCUCAACUUCAAGUACAACUGUACAGGGUGUCAAUUCACAGACUUUGAGUUCAGCAAAAUCAAGAGCUGAGAAAUUGUGUGAUUCUUCUCGGAUGAGCAAUGCAGAAAAUGAGCAGAUUUUGGUGACAGAGGAAGACUUUCCUGAAGUGAAGGUGGAUUUUCAGGAAACAUUUUUAGGCCAUAACAGUUCAAUAAGUAGCUGUCGAUUUUCUGCUUCUGGAUCAAAUAUUGCUAGUUCUUCGACUGAUGGCACAGUGAGAAUCUGGACAUACGACUCAUCAACACCAUCAUCAAAAAAUGCCACUAUAUAUUGUGGGGCUGAAGUCAGCGCACUUUCUUGGGAAUGCAGAUCUGAUCGCUUGCUGCUCAUAGGCACAGCUAAUGGAGGCAUUAAAGCUUGGAAUGCUGAUGCAAAGAGAGUUGUUUGUGACCUCAGUACAUCCAAGGACUUCCCAAGUGUGCUUGAUUUGAAGUGUAGCCCUGUAGAUCCCGUGUUUGUCUCUGCAGCUGCAUCGAGACGGCAUGGAUCAACUAUAUUUGAUAGAACAGGAUUUGCUUCCCUGACAGUAUGGCAUAUGAAAACAUGGAAGCCUCUGACAGUCCUCCCUCUUGGCGAGGAUCCACCUGCUAUUACUUCACUUUGCUUCAAUCACAAUGGGAAGAUCUUGGCAGCCUCUGCAACAGAUGGAAUGAUUCACAUGUUUGACAUGUCUGCUGGUCUACAAAUCACUGGAUGGCCUGCCCAUGACUCCCCUGUGAGCUCAGUUCUUUUUGGGCCAGCUGAAACAAGCAUCUUCAGUUUAGGCUCAGAUGGAAAGAUAUUUGAGUGGAGCUUGCACAAUCAAGGUCAGAUUAUUUGGUCAAGAGAUUGCAGUAGGUUUUGCAACCCUGAGAGCUUUAACAAACGCAUGCAUGAGGUAGCAUUGGAUUCUAAUGGCAAGAGACUUCUUGCUACGUCGGGUUUGGUUCGGGCUCCAAUAUACCAGGUGCAAGGCCAUGAGAGAGGGUUGAGGACACUUCCUCAUACUGCACCUAUAACAAGUGUGGACUGGCACCCCACGCGGUCAAUCUAUGUUACUGGUUCUGAAGACCACUCUGUCCGCGUCACGUCCAUUCUAUGA